AUUAGUUUACUGAAUCGUUGUCACAAUGAGUUUGUGGCUGGACAAAUAUCGACCAACUUCCCUCGGCAAGGUCGACUUUCAUAAGAAGCAAGCGGCUCAGCUGAAAAACCUGGUUCAGUGUGGCGACUUUCCUCACUUGUUGGUGUACGGUCCAUCAGGAGCAGGGAAGAAGACCCGCAUCAUGUGUUUACUGAGGGAACUGUAUGGACCAGGAGUGGAGAAACUUCGCAUAGAGCACCAAACUGUCGUGGCUCCAUCAAAGAAGAAAAUAGAGAUUAACACAAUAGCCAGCAACUAUCACUUGGAGGUCAACCCAAGUGAUGCGGGAAACCAGGACCGUGUGGUGAUUCAAGAACUUAUUAAAACAGUGGCUCAGUCCCAGCAAAUCCAGUCGAGCACCCAGAGAGACUUCAAAGUGGUGUUGCUAACAGAGGUGGACAGACUCACAAAAGAUGCUCAGCAUGCUUUGCGUCGCACGAUGGAGAAGUAUAUGUCUACCUGCCGCAUCAUCCUUUGCUCAACAUCCACCUCCAAAGUCAUUGAGCCAAUCAGGAGCCGUUGUCUGGCGGUCAGAGUUCCUCUGCCAAGCACAGAGGAGGUCUGCAGUGUACUGACAUCGGUGUGUAAAAAGGAGGGUCUGCUCCUGCCCCCCGAACUGGCCAAACAAAUCAGUGAGAAAUCCGGGCGCAACCUCCGCAAAGCCCUCUUGAUGUGCGAGGCCUGCAGAGUGCAGCAGUAUCCAUUUUCAGCCGACCAAGAUGUUCCAGAGACGGACUGGGAGGUCUAUCUGAGAGACACCGCUAAUGCUAUCGUCAGCCAGCAGAACCCUCAGAGGCUGUUAGAAGUUCGAGCUCGGUUGUACGAGCUGCUGAUUCACUGCAUUCCUCCUGACAUCAUCAUGAAGAAUUUGGUAAACGAGCUGCUGAACAACUGCGACGGGCAGCUGAAGACAGAGGUGGCUCACCUGGCAGCGUACUAUGAACACAGACUACAGCUGGGCAGCAAGGCCAUCUACCACCUGGAGGCUUUCACAGCCAAGUUCAUGGCCAUGUACAAGAAGUUCAUGGAAGACGGGCUGGACGCCAUGAUGUUUUAAGUGUUCAGUGGACUUGUAGAGUUCAGAAGCUCUUGUAACUUUCCAACACGACUUUCAGAGAGUAACUAUCAAAUGUGUGAGAAGUUUGGUUUAUGUUGAGAAUUGUUGCCUGUAUCGGCAGCUUAAUGCACCGUUUAAGGUAAAAAUGACAAAGUAGCAAACAAAGCUUUGUAAUAAAAU